AUGAAUUUUACAUCUAUCAAUGAGUUUGCACCCAACGACUUGGAGGAGCUUGUAGUCGACAAUCCACGGCUGAUGAAGGCUGCCAACAGGCCCCAGAUAGGUCGUAAGCAAAAGGCCAAUGUUCCUUCAACAGGUGAAGACGAAGGUGACCAGGUACAAGCUCCAAACAGCAAAUCCAAGGGUGCGAAGGCGAAAAAAGCUAAGACAGGCCAAGGAUCACACAAUAAACUGGCCAUCUUUGAAUCUGAUGAUGAGGACCAUCAACCACAGUCCUUGUCUGUGCGAGCUUAUUUCCACCUCAAAACCACCUCCCAGCAGCCAGGUCGCAGCAAGAAAUCAAACAUGGUCACGAUCAUGAAGAGCACUCAGUGCAAUCCAUUCAUAUUCAUGAUUGACAGUUCAUUCAAGGCCUUUGUUCGAGAGGUUGCAAGUGCCGCAAAGACUAUGAUGUCGAAUCUCAUGCUCUCUCAUCUACGCUGGAAGUUCAAAACACCAGCCAGUUUACCCACGAAACUACUAACUGACGAGGUUGGCUUUCAAGCAAUGCUUGAUGCAGUGCAGGAAUGCACGAAGGGUCAUACCAUCUUUCUGUACCUCCCGAAGCCCAUUGAUCUUGAAGGGCCACCAGAGUUGUCGAGCUGUCGUGACACGAGAUAUGAAUACGAUGAAUAUUCGAGUGUCCCACCAGAACAUAAUGCAGCCAUGUCUCACAAAGCUCAGAUUAAUGCUUUGCAUCAAGAAAGCACCAAGGAAGUCAUGGAGUUGGAACAUUGCUACCCCAUCGGAAGCCAUCCUCUGUUCCCGAACAAGCGCAUAUAUGUGAAGAACGGCUUAUUUUUGGAACUGACCUCUCUUCGCCUCGAUGUAUGGGGUGCUGCAAUUUCAACACAAUCUGACCCUCGUGCUACGUAUGAUAUGCCUCCAGUGUCAAACUACUUUAUGAAGGACAAGGCUAUCAAACCAGCUUGUCCACCACCCAAUUCUCCAAUGACCAUGUUUGCAGCCUAUGGUGCCUAUGCCAAAGGCGAGGACUACACUCCCAACACGCCAUCAAGGUCCGAGCCUGACCCUUCAUUUUUCACGCACCAGCUGCCAUACCCACCUCUGCCUCCCUCAUAUUAUCAUCCACCAUAUUAUCCUUAUCAAUACUCAUACUAUCCUCUUCCGAAUGCUGUACAUCCUACUACAGCACCACCACACCCAUCCUCAGCACCAUUGGUUCCAGCUCCGGCAACUGGCAGUGUAACAGACUUGUAUCCAUCACCUGGUAUUACCACGAAGUGCUCCGUCACAUUGGAGGCCUUCUGUGCCAAAUUUGUUGUGUCUGCUUCCGAUUCAGAGAAGCUUUCUAAGCUUGGGUACAAUCCUGGCAACCGGAUUGUUGAAAGCCUGACAAUGGGUGAUUGGCAGUCUGUUGGAUUCACUCUGCUUAGUUGGCGUACAUUUCUUUCUCAUCACCGCAAGUUUUGUGACACAAUAAUCGCAGGUACAUGGCUUUCACCUUAG